AUGUCUGCUACGGAAGAGAACGUAUCCUAUUCGCAAUGGACACUCCCCGAGGCCAACGGCAUCGACUCAUUGAAACUGGUCCAAAGCGCUCCCAUCGGACCACUUGGUGACAACGAAGUCGCUGUCGAGCUUCACGCAGCUUCCCUCAACUACCGCGAGCUCGUGAUCGCAAAAAACGCCUUCCCACCCCCCUGGUCUAGCACCAUGCGCCCCAACCUCAUCCCCGGCUCCGACGGCUCCGGCGUCGUCAAAGCAGUCGGGUCGAAUGUAUCCAGCUUCAACCCAGGCGACAGAGUCGUAACGCACAUGACGCCGCAUCUGGGUCCUAAUAGCUACCCGACCUUCGGCGACAUCUGCGCUGGUCUUGGACAUGGUGCUGAUGGUACUUUGAGGCAGUAUGGGCAUUUUGAGCAGGCGGCGCUUGUUCGUGCGCCGGAGUCGCUGAGCUUUGAGGAGGCUGCGACGCUUACGUGCAGUGGGCUCACGGCUUGGAAUGCGCUGUUCGGACUGGAAGGGCGGAAGGUCAAUUCGGGUGAUUGGGCACUUGUGCAGGGGACUGGCGGUGUCAGUGUAGCGGCGCUGCAGUUCGCGGUCACAGCUGGGGCCAAUGUGGUGGCCACGACCUCCAGUGAGGCGAAGGCAGCUCGCCUGAAGGCAUUGGGUGCGAAGCAUGUGGUGAACUACAAGACCACGCCAGAAUGGGGUCCAGCGGCUCGUGAGCUGACACCUCAGGGUCGGGGGUUUGAUGUCGUAGUGGAUAUCGGCGGCGACACCACCCUGGGCGAGUCGCUCAAAGCUGUUCGUACCGAAGGGCUCGUGGUCGCGGCUGGGAUGAUCGGUGGCUCAGCAGAAUCACCUGUGCCGAUGAUGGCCGCAUUGACCACCGUCUGUAUCGUACGAGGCAUCCUGCUGGGGACGAAAGCACAGUUCGAGGAGAUGGUGCAGUUCAUUGAUAAGAACGACGUACGACCGGUUGUCGACGACAAGGUGUUCGGCCUCGACGAAGCAAAAGAAGCGAUGAGGAUGCUGGAAAGGCAGGAACAUUUUUCCAAGAUCGUGAUCAAGUUGCGGUAG